CUCUCUUCCAUAUUUUUCAUUGCGUCUGUGUUCUCCCCUGUUCUCUGCUUAGCUUCUACUUGGUUCAGCUGUUCAGGGAAGGAAAGUUCUUUGGUUUUUGCGCGGCAGACCCAUUUGCAUUCUACGGAAGAAGAUCAAGAUUCCGAUUACGUCGACCUUAGUCCUGUUCUUUCAUCGGAUGAGGAAGACAGAAGAUAUAACGGUUUUUUUUAUCAUUCACUCCGGCGACGGUGACAAAAUUUUUAGUCCUUCCCAUUCAUCGGAUGAGCAAAUGGAAAACGAAAGGAGUCAUUAUUCAGUCAGAUCCGACUAUAGGGAUGAGGGACACUGGCCGGAAGGUGUUCGGAGCUCUCCCAAAAGACGCAAAAUUCCCGUGGUAGAUCGCAUCAGCGACUUGCCUGACUCCGUCAUCCACCAUAUCCUCUCAUUUUUACCAGCUGAAGACGCCGUCAAGACCGGUGUUUUGUCUAAGAGACGGAUGUAUUUAUGGACUUUUGCCCCAAAACUUACUUUCCGACACAAUCCUCAUCCUCUUGGAUUUUCUCGUCAGAGUUUCUUGAGCUCAAAUGGUAGGUUAGAAAAAUUGGUGUUGAAAGACAUGCAGAAUCAUGACGAUGGGGAACACAAUGAUGUGAUAGAAAUUUUGUGUCCUAAUCUGAAGUCAGUGGAAAUUUUGGGGUACUGUUACGGAAAGAUAUGCAGGUUGUUGAAUGUAUCCUCCUUAAUUGAUGUCUGCCUUACAUUUGAAUAUGAGGAUUAUCAGUUUGAUUACAUUGACUUCUUGAAGGAGUUGCUUGAGAAAAUCAAGCACGUCAAGAAAAUUACUCUUGGCACUUGGUGUGUAGAAGUAAGUCCUUUUAUUGGGGUUCUGUACAUAUUAGAGUUCAGAGGAUUGCCCUCUCCAUUAUCCGGCAGCAGUUGCGAAUGCUUAACUCUAAAUACAAAACUUAUCAAAUGCCAUCCCUUUGGGUUGGCAGACUUGCUUCACUGCUUUCCAACUUUACAGAAACUAGUCAUAGACAUGACAAUUUUUUAUGAGGUUAAGGAACCACCUGAUGAGUUUUUUCCAGGAAACAAUCUAGAAAGAGUGGACAGAACUUUCAAUUGCUUGCUUGAACAUCUAAAGACCAUUGAGAUUACUAGCUUUAUACCCUAUCAGCUUGAACCAGAUGAUCUUGGAUUUGUAAGUUUUCUGCUUGGGAAUGCAAGGGUGCUAAAAGAGGUGGUCAUACACUUUGAAUGCAAAGGUUCAGAGUUUGAUUUAGGUGAAAAGGCUAAACUUUUUGAUCUGACUCAAAAAUUGCUAAGCUUCCCAAGAUGCUCACCCCAUGCGGUAGUUCUUAUUGAUUAGUUCAUUUUUUUUCUUUUCAACUGUAUUUAGUGAUUAUGUAGUGGAAUACUAAAAUGUUAUGAGUGGUAUUAAACCAUGACAAAACUC